UUAAAAUUGAAUUGCACUAGUUUUGAUGGUUAGAACCUAGAUGUCAUUAAAAGUAAAAUGGUUCCUCUAUAACGGGAAAGCUCAAUUCGUCAAUUAAAUUUGAUCGCCAAUGUCUAAUCCAUCUAUUAGAAAUGCGUCUAACAAAACCCACAAGCCACUCAUUUUUUCAGUUUGUCAAAACCUUUACAUCCUUUGCUUUGGCAAUAAGAAAUGCCUCUUCCCCUCACAAAGCUUUGUCCCUUUAUUCAGAUAUGCACCAGAAGUCUGUUCCUUUUGAUAGUUUCUCAAUACUUUUCACACUAAAAUCAUGUACCAGAUUGCAUAAUGUAGUACUCAACAAACACCUCCAUGCCCACAUUAUUAAACUUGGCUUCAGUUCUCAUGUCUACGUGGCUACUUCUCUUCUAUAUGCGUAUAUAGUUACAUCGUUUGAUGAUGCUUGUAAACUGUUCAAUGAAAUGCCUGUGAGAAACACUACAACUUGGAACACUAUGAUUACUGGGUACUCAAGGCUUGGUGAUGUAAAGAAGGCAAAGUCUGUGUUCGAGGAAAUGCCAGAGAGAGAUCUUGUAUCGUGGUCUGCUGUGAUUGCAGCUCACAUAAAUAGGGGUGGCAAUGAGCAAGGUUUACAUCUCUUUCGAGAUAUGCUGAUGAACAAAGAAGGUUUAAUACCUGAUCAAGUGACUGUAGGAUCUGUUCUUUCAGGUUGUGCCCAUAUGGGUACUCUUGGAUCUUUACUAGGGAAAUCAGUUCACGGCUUUAUAGCAAAGAAUGCAUGGGAACUGAAUGUUGAACUGGGAACAGUUUUAGUGGACAUGUAUGCUAAGUGCGGGGUUAUUACGAGCGCAUGUCAAGUGUUUGAGUUAAUGCGCGAAAGGAAUGUCAUGUCUUGGACGGCGUUGAUCUGCGGCGCUGCACAACACGGUUACUGUAAAGAUGCCUUAUCCAUGUUUGAGUUGAUGCAAAAAGAAGGGGUAAAAGCCAAUGAAUUGACUUUUACUGGGAUUCUUAGUGCCUGUGUACAUGCAGGUCUAGUUGAAGAAGGGCAGAGAUUUUUCAAGAUGAUUGAAGAAUGUGGAUUGGAGCUGAAAAUUCAGCACUAUGGAUGCAUGGUUGAUUUGUUUGGGAAGGCUGGGCUUGUAGAGGAAGCCUAUGAAGUCAUUAUGACAAUGAAACUACAACCUAACGUUGUCGUUUGGUCUUCUUUCUUAUCAGCUUGUAAGGAACAUAAAAAGUUUGAGAUGGCUGAGAGAGUGACUGAGAAGGUUUUGGGGAUUGUAAAACCAGAGAACGAUGGCGGGGUGUAUACUCUCAUUUGUGAUUUGUAUGCUUUGGGUGGGAAAUGGGAUGAUGCAGAAAGAGUGAGGAAAUUAAUGGUUAACCUAAAUGUAAGAAAGUUUAGGGGCUCUAGUUAUGUUAGAAAUGCAUUCUCUUGAAGGUUUUCAUUAGAAAUUUUGUUACAUUUUUUUUCACUAGCAUGACAGUUGCUUGAGAUGCUAAUAGCAACUAAAUUAUUUUUUUACCAUCCAUGUUGUUACUUGAGCACAAUUUGCUCAAAGUUAUUACAAUUGCACUUGAUUGUCUGUCCAUUCAA